AUGUAUCCAUUCAGCUUUGAUACUAAUGACAAACAAUACCUUGAACCUGACUUAAGAGGCAUCGUGCGUGUAUGUUCUCCUUACGUCUUAUUCUUUCUGCAAACGCAUCAACUUUUUCGACGAAACAAGUUAGCGUGUAAUGCUUUGGGUGUUUUGAUUGUAACGCAAUGCUACUCUCUAUGUAGGUUUUAUUACCACUUUCAUAAUACGGAUUAUUUGAUGGUUUCUUUACAGCAUGGAUUUCUCAUAAUGCAGGCUUUACGGACCUGUGUGCUCUCUCUGCGAAAUAAAGUUCCAUACCGUGUCGACGGUACGGUCAAGAAAAAGACAUCCAAACAUUCAUUUACCGAGAGUCUACAGUACAUAUUUAGUAUUCGCAAGUAUGGAUGGAGUGACAAUGCUGUUCCUGAAUAUCAACCGGCAUACCUUUCUUACGGAACUUGGGUGACUCGAACUAUUAUUUUAUUGGCAUGUUAUGCUCUCACUUUGCUCAUCAUGCUGCAGUUCGAUGUGCCGAACGCACCUUAUAAAGUAAAUAAUGUUCUCUCAACAGUGCUGCUGUCAUUUGUUAGAUCUUUUUACGUUUACGUGGUUUUAAACAUUGGUUAUCAUCUGACAACCGUACUAUAUAUUUCCUUUGGAAUCUGGGACAUACAGGAUUUUCCACCAUUGAUGAAAAAUUUAUUCAAAACCAAAACAGUGAACGCAUUUUGGUCCACAGACUGGCACGUAUGGACCAAGCCAAUCUUCCGAACGCUGGGAUGGGAACCUGUUCAUGGACUAACGCAAAACAAGUUUCUCGGAAGUUUAGCUUGCUUUCUUAUUUCGGGACUAUACCACGACUUUGCCUUCUGGUCUGUUCUAGGUCACUCCAGUCCGGGAAUCGUACUUCAAUUUACGAUAUGUGCAGUCUGCAUCAAGCUUGAAAAACGGUUCUCUUUCUUGGAAAAAAUUCCAUUCUGGCCAAUUCUAUUGCAAGUUGUACUUCACUGCCAGUUGGGAAUGGGAAAGGUAAUGAAGCAGCAAGGUUGGGGUUCAUUAGCACAUGUUGAGCAUUAA